CAUUUCUUGUCUUCGCUCUUUCACAGGCGCCAUGGCUGCAAGGACGGCGAGGUUAGAGCGAAAGACAAACGAGACGCAGAUUGAGGUCGCCAUUGAUCUCGACUGCCAGCCUGGUUCGGGCAAAGCGCAGGAAAUAUCGAUAUCUACCGGGAUAGGAUUCCUCGAUCAUAUGUAUCAUGCGCUAGCAAAGCACUCAGGCAUGUCGCUCACCAUGAAGUGCAAGGGUGAUCUUUGGAUAGACGACCACCACAGUGCAGAAGACAGCGCUAUUGCUCUAGGGACCGCGUUCAAGCAGGCUCUGGGAGAGGUCCGUGGCAUCCGCCGAUAUGGUAUUGGAUUCGCUCCUCUAGAUGAGGCUCUAUCGCGAGCGGUCAUCGAUAUCUGCUCGAGGCCGUUUUGCGUUACCGACCUCGGGUUGAAGAGAGAGAAGAUCGGUGAUUUAUCCACGGAAAUGCUCCCGCACAUCUUCUACUCGUUCUCAAUAGCUGCUGGUGUAACGCUUCACGUGGAUGUCUUACGAGGAGAAAACGAUCAUCAUCGUGCUGAAUCCGCCUUCAAGGCUGUAGCUCUCGCGAUUCGUCAAGCGAUCGAGAGGACAGGCGGCGACGAUGUACCGAGUACGAAGGGCAUCUUGUGAUUCCGAGCCAAGGAGACCGAUUUUACAGUUGAUGUAUUGAUUAUGAUGGACUGGUUACUGACCGGUGACCGUUCACGCCUGUGCGGCAGCUCACAUUAAUAUACCACAAUCCAGUCAGGAAUAUCCAAAAGUUCGAGAUUGUGUACUAUGAUUAUACAGUAUCGCGAUAUCCGAUGUGUUACAUGAGAAAAACAAGAUGAAACAAGAUGAACUAUCCAUGGAGUUAUGUGCAAUCUCACCGAUGCCCGUCUCCAGCUUCGCACAGGGUUUCAAGGAAGACCUUCAGAUCAUCCUUGUUGAUCUCCAGAAUGCUCGUAUCGAACGACCCAUGUCGCG